AUGGAGACCGCAGACCCGGUGUCCUACGAGUUCUCCGGUCAGCCCGCUUAUGCACACAGGCGGUUGGACUCGACCUUGAACCAGAGCUUUCCCUUCUAUUCCGCGCCAUACUCGUUGCCCUACCAGCCCCCGAGUCACCCGUACAGCUUUGCCCAUUCUGUAAGCCCUGGGCAUGCGCACUCGAAUCCAUAUCAAUACUUCGUUCCCAAUCAUCUUCAACCGCAUCCACUGCGCCUGACAGAGCCUCCAUUGCAGACCCUGCCGGAGAUUCGCCCGGCCAAGAAUGCCAUCAGCCAGGCAAAGACUCCUGAGAGCCCGGGACAGCCCCGUGGGAGUCGUGCUUCACCAGAUGGACCCGAGAGGAAAGAGACUCCUGCCGAUAUUGUCUUCUCGACCAACGUGGACGUCUUGAUGAAGGCGAUUCAAGCCAAACACGCCUCAUCGCCAACUCCAUCGCACUCGCACUCGCACCCCCAGCAGUCUCUACCACAGCAGUCUCUACCACAGCAGACCCUUCCAUCUCAACCAUCCCUCCCAUCCCAGCCGUCUCUGCCAUCUCAACAGACUCUUCCAUCUCAGCAACCCUUACCACCGCUUCAGCAACACCUGGCCCCAACAGCACACUACGCAGUACCUUACCCAGCCACGCCUCCCCGAUACUUCAUCACCAACGAGAGCCCCCUAUCCCGCUCAGGCAAGAAGCGCAAGUAUGUCUGUGAGCGAGAUGACUGUGGCAAAACCUUUGCUCAGAAAACACACCUGGACAUCCACCGACGGGCCCAUUCCGGUGAAAAACCAUUUAUAUGCGAUGUACCGUCAUGCGGGCAACGAUUCUCGCAGCAAGGCAACCUCAAGACCCAUAAACGACGACACACUGGCGAAAAGCCCUUUGAAUGCGAACGUUGUCAUAAGAAAUUCGCCCAGCGAGGCAACGUUCGUGCGCACAUGUUAACUCAUGACGAGGGACGAAAGUUCAGUUGCCUUCUCGAUGAUUGCGGCAAGACAUUUACCCAGUUAGGGAACUUGAAGGUAGGAAGACUCUCUGUUUCCUGUCCCCUACAUACUAACAUAUUCCAGUCUCAUCAAAACAAGUUCCAUGCCUCCACUUUACACAAUCUCACGCAGCGAUUUUCACAGCUCGGGGAAAAUGGCCCUGCCAGCUCUGCAGACCGUGCUCUAUGGGAAUAUUUUGCCGAUUUAUACAAGAACAGUAACAAGGGGAUUAAAGGGCGGGGGAAAGACCGUCGCAUCUCCACCUCGAGGCGGGACUCUAUGGAACGAGUUUCCGUUGAGUCUGACGAGAGUGUGAAGAUGCGUCGGACAAGUUAUGAUUAUUCUGGUUCGGUUUAUGGUUCUAGUGAUGGUGAAGAGGCUUAUUAUGUUCGACGGUCUCACGGUCACUAA